GAGUAAAGAGACUUCAAAAACAAGAGCGCGUUGAGUUGAGGCUCGCUACCACUGACGAAAUCGAGCUCACAUCACAACAAUGGAAGUUCCGAAGGAUCAAAUCGCCACUCUCCUCGACUAUGGCCUCCAUAACUCUGCUCAGAUGCUUAGUUGUUUUCUUGUUUCUUCACCCGCUGCAAAUACUGAAUCCGCCCCCCACCUCAAAGCUGAGAGCUUGGUGCUACUUGGGGAUUCAUUCUUCCGUGAGAGGGAGUAUCGUAGAGCUAUUCAUAGCUACAAGCAAGCUUUGCAAUACAACAAGAUGGUUCCCAAACAGAACGUGCAACUAUCCCGGAGUUCAAUACCAUCAAACAGGUCGCCGUCUCCAAAUUCUUGCAAUGCAUCAGGAAUCAACGAGAAUGAGGUGAAAUUCAAAAUUGCAUCUUGCCACUGUUUCCUGAAUGAGAACAAAGCAGCUCUAGUUGAGAUGGAAGGAAUUCCGUGCAAAGCUAGAAAUCUGCCAAUGAAUUUGUUAUUAGGGAAGCUUUAUCGAGUAUCUAGACAUAGUAGAGCUGCUGUUGCUAUUUACAAAGAAUGUCUAAGACAUUGCCCUUAUAUGCUUGAGGCUAUUACAGCUUUGUCAGAAUUGGGAUCUUCUGCGAAGGACAUCAUUUCAUUGUUUCCUCAGAAUCUUAAUAGAAGUGGAAGAAUGCCAUUUGAUCAUAUUGACUCAACUCGUUGGCUUCAACGGUAUGUUGAAGCUCAGUGUUGCAUGGCUUCAAAUGAUUACAAAGGUGGCUUGGAAAUCUUUGCAGAUCUUUUACAGCGUUUCCCAAAUAAUACACACUUACUGCUUGAGAUGGCAAAGGUUGAAGCUAUUAUUGGAAAGAAUGAAGAGGCCAUUUUGAAUUUUGAGAAGGCCCGCUCAAUUGAUCCAUACAUCGUAACAUACAUGGAUGAGUAUGCAAUGCUUCUAAAGCUAAGGUCUGAUUAUUCAAAGUUGAACAAGUUAGUACAUGAUUUAUUGAAUAUUGAUCCUGCAAGACCAGAGGUUUUUGUAGCUCUAUCUGUUUUAUGGGAAAGGAAAGAUGAGAAAAAAGCUUUAUCAUAUGCUGAGCAGAGUAUUCGGAUUGAUGAGAGGCACAUAACAGGGUAUAUAAUGAAGGGGAAUCUAUUAUUAACAAUGAAACGGGCAGAAGCAGCUGUGUCUGCCUUCCGGGGAGCUCAAGAAUUAAGACCUGAUAUUCGCUCAUAUCAAGGUUUGGUUCACACAUAUUUGGCUCUGUCUAAAAUCAAAGAGGCUUUAUAUGCUUCCAGAGAAGCAAUGAAAGCAAUGCCUCAAUCGGCAAAGGCUUUAAAGUUAGUAGGCGAUGUGCAUGCCAGUAACACUGGUGGCAGAGAAAAGGCAAAAAAGUUCUACGAGUCUGCUUUAAGGCUGGAACCUGGUUACCUUGGAGCUGCACUAGCAUUGGCUGAACUCCAUGUUAUUGAGGGCCGGAAUGGAGAUGCCGUAUCUCUGCUUGAGCGAUACCUUAAAGACUGGGCAGAUGACUCUCUUCACGUGAAACUGGCUCAAGUUUUUGCUGCCACUAAUAUGCUGCAGGAGGCGUUGUCACAUUAUCAGGCUGCAUUAAGGUUAAACCCUCAGAACGAAGCAGCAAAACGAGGUUUAGAGCGUUUAGAGAAGCAGAUGAAGGGAGUAGAUCCGGAUGCACCAGAAGAUGAUGAAGACAAUGAUGUCGAAGAUGCAGAUGGAGAUCAAGAUGAUGCUGAACUUCUGUGAGGACCAGUGUCCAAAGGAAGUCAAUUAUGGUGAGAAAAAGUAACCCUUGGAAAUAUAGUUUAGGAAAAUUUCCGUUAGUUUAAUGUAGAGAGUUGCAUGAACCAAGUCUUUGCUGGAGCAAGGGUUUCACAUCAGAACACACAGCAUGCAUACACUCUAAAUUAUGUGGUGCAAUUUUAUGUCCAGAGCCAGUGGAAGGGAUUGUUGACUGCCAAUGAUGUCUCUGAUGGAAGCUUAUUGUGUUAUACCUCAUUGUAAAAUCAUUUCUGACCCGCAGUAUUCUGUAUCUAAAUUGUUUUAUUCACAAAUCAUAGUGAGAGUAACAUCUUUAUUCAUCUAA